GCCUUCGACACCACGGUACGGUAUUCAACGAACCAGGUCCUCGACCGCACGAAUAAAGAAUGUAAAGAAAACUGCCUAUCCCUUACGAUACCCCCCCCUCUCCAAAGGUGCUAGACAGUGGCCAUAUCGCCCAUUCAUCCCUUCCCCCUUCCCCCUUCCUUCCAUCCCUUCCCGCCUCCCAGACCGAGCCAUCCAUACCAACCUUUUAAACGUCUCACAUUACCGGUGCCACCAGUGUGCACCGCUACCGGCGCCACUACCACUGCUGCCCACCCACCCUCCCACCACUAGCGACCCAAAUCAAACCCUCAUCACACAUACGCAAGCUCAUCCUUCACGUCUCAAUAAUAAUAUUAACAAAAAGACGGGUAAUAGUUGAAUUUUAUCAUACAUGCAUUUACCUCCACGACUACUACGUUCAGCAGGAUGAACUCGACUUCAUCCUCAUCCUCCCUCCCAACUUCCGUUGCAUCCGCCGCGAACAAGUCUCACCAACCAUUACCUGCAAAGCACCCAUCUCGAGCUUUGGAUUCUCAGGAGAGCAACGGGAGUACGACCGCAAUGAUAGCGACCAUAGCAGCAACAAAUGGUGGAGGAAGUGGUGGUAGCGUGGGUAAUGGAUGGGGCGUUCAAUGGAGUGCUCUACAGGGUCUGGCAAGUUCAGCUCUGGGCAGCGAUGUGGUAGCCGCUACGUCGGAUCCUCCCCCAAUGCAACCGCACGAAUCGGCGGCGGCUAUUCGGCGGAGGAAACGACUAACGGAUGGAACGACGGCAACGGGUAGUGGAGGAAGGAGAAGCCAUAGUUCGGGAAGCUGGCUAGGGGGAAUUCCCAUCUCAGUGGCUGACUCUUCAAGAGGUGCUGGUGGCAGUGGUAGUGGUGAUGCACCUUCUCGUUCCGCUCGGGGGUCCGUCCUCGGCGAGCCUUCGUCACAGAAUAGCACCAGGGGUCGAAAAAUUUCUUACAAAAGAUCUACUUCCCCGGACCCCACAGGCGGCCCCGCGCCCGAGAGCGAAAGGGACACAUUGGCCUACGUCCAUCAUGUCAAACCCACGGAUACCCUUGAGGGCGUAGUGAUUAUGUAUAACAUUCACGCCAGCGCCCUCCGCCGUGCGAACGGAAUGUGGCCAAACGACAGCGUGCAACGACAUAAAAUUCUCCUCCUACCGGUUGAAGACUGCGGUGUUAAAGGGAAACCCAUGGACCUGCUGAACCUAGACCCCACUCGCGACCAGCAAGAAAACUUACCACCCCCCCCAAGAAAGCCCACACCCGGAGAGGAGGCCAUUGCAGAAGAGUGCGGUUACCGACACGAAUCCUACGUAGUGAUGGACGGCAUUGGCCAAGUCGAGAUCGCCCGCCUCGCUCGCAAAAAACUCUCACACUUUCCACCGCGUCGGCGAAAAGAGAGCGUGUUUACUAAUGCGACCACCGGCUUCGGCACCCCACCAUCGGAUGACGAAGCUAGUGUGUUUAGAGGAAUGACUCCCGGUGUUGGUGCCCUCGGAGGCUCUAGAGGUGAAGCGGGGGUGGUACUACACGCAGAAGAAUCCAUCACAAAGACGCUCAUGGAGCUUGCCCAGGGGACUAGCGCUGGUUUGGAAAAUGUCGGUGGGGUGAUUGAGGGGUUUGUGAGGAAGUGGACUGCCAAGGCACAGGAUUUCGCGACGCAUGAUUUGAUUGAGCUGACACAGAGGCUGGGAUUUGAGAUUGAGGAUGAUGAUGGAAGUGGUAGUGGGGGUGGAAAUGCUGGAGGUAGUAGUGGAAGUGGGGAAAGGGCUGCGGGGAAUUGGAGGAUGGGCAGUUCUACUGCCCGUGGUGACGGGAGGGUUGUCAGAGAGAGACUGCCCAGAUCUCGGAGGGAGCGGGGUGAUGGAGUGAAGAACGGGGAUAAGCUACUUUAAGGAUUAAGUUUUGGUCUGGCUUUCUUACUACAUUGGGUCUAAUGAAAUCGGGUUACAAAUAUGGGAACGGAUUGGUGAUCUCCCCUCCUACCCCUCUGAUAGUGAUUUCUUUUGUAGUAUUCAGGUAUCGAUCAGGAUUGAUGGUGGUAUUUUUCGGAUUCUUUUCACCUUUUUCACCGUGUUUUUACCGGCUGGCGUAUCAGGAGUUUUUUCUUUUUCCCUUCACGCUACCUUACUCAGGCCUACGGUUCCACUCAGGCUUCCCAUAGACCUUUCUUUUGUCCAGUG